GGGCACUGUUUAGAGGCGCACACAGCCAGACAGCUGAUCGCAGAAAGGAAGACGUGUACUUUUAGGGCUGAUUCGCUUUUACCUUUCUCUGUUAGAUCAUAACAAUAAUCAUCAUUUCUAUUUUGACGACAGUUAUUUUGCUAGUAUGGCGACGGUGGAGGAGCUGAAGCUGCGCGUGCGAGAGUUAGAAAAUGAAUUAAUAAAGUGUAAGCAGAAGCAGAAUGCCAUGGAAGAUGCUCACAACCAGGCGCUAAACAGACCCAAAAUAGACAAAAUGAGCGCCGAAGUUGUGGAUUCUAACCCAUAUAGCCGUCUGAUGGCCCUAAAAAGAAUGGGAAUCGUCGAGGACUAUGAGAAAAUCCGGACCUUUUCAGUAGCAGUGGUGGGUGUCGGCGGAGUCGGCAGCGUCACAGCGGAGAUGCUAACUCGGUGUGGCAUUGGUAAGCUGAUGCUCUUUGACUACGAUAAAGUGGAGCUGGCCAACAUGAACAGGCUAUUCUUCCAGCCUCAUCAGGCGGGCCUCAGUAAAGUGGAAGCAGCAGAACACACACUCAGAAACAUCAAUCCGGAUGUAGCCUUUGAGACCCAUAACUACAACAUCACAACUCUGGAAAACUUCACACACUUCAUGGAUCGGAUCAGUCGUGGAGGGCUGGAGGAUGGGAUGCCGGUGGAUCUGGUGCUGAGCUGCGUGGAUAACUUUGAGGCCAGAAUGGCCAUCAAUACUGCCUGCAAUGAACUCGGUCAGAUCUGGAUGGAGUCUGGUGUGAGUGAGAACGCCGUGUCGGGACACAUCCAGCUGAUCGUUCCUGGAGAAACCGCCUGCUUUGCUUGUGCUCCUCCACUGGUGGUUGCUGCCAAUAUCGAUGAGAAAACCUUGAAACGGGAGGGCGUGUGCGCAGCUAGCUUGCCCACAACAAUGGGCGUGGUCGCAGGCCUCCUGGUGCAAAAUGUCCUCAAAUAUCUGCUGAGGUUCGGCACAGUCAGCUAUUAUCUAGGCUACAACGCCAUGCAGGACUUCUUCCCCGCCAUGACCAUGAAGGCCAACCCUCAGUGUAACGACCGCCACUGCAGGAGGCAACAGGAGGAGUACAAGAAGAAAGAAGCGACACAACCCAAGGUGGAAGUUGUGCAGGAGGAGGAAGAGGUUGUACACGAGGACAACGAAUGGGGUAUUCAGCUGGUAUCAGAGGUUAGUGAUUCAGAGCUCCAGGCUGCAACAGGAGCCAGGCCUGACCUCCCAGAAGGCAUCACUGUGGCUUACACUAUUCCAGCUCAGGAUGCAGCAGCUGGAGACACGGUGGAGGAAACCGAACAGAGCUUAGAAGACUUAAUGGCUCAGAUGAGGAAGUUGUAGGCAGCCAUCAGAUGAUACAUUUCCCUCUUCUUCCACAGCUAAUUUUAUUUUAAAUUUUUUUCCCAUCUUUUGCAAAAGCUUAUUAACAUGUUGAAAGGAGGAAAAUGACUUAAUCUAGCAGCUAACAUUGAGGAGAGCAUGAAACUUCAUUAGAAAUGACUUUUGCUGAAACUUUAAAUAUCAGUGAAUGCGUUUAAUGACACGUAUGUUUUCUGUGGUUAAGGAUCCAAUGUUCCACCUGUGUUUGGUCAUUUCAUCGGCACCGUUACACAACUAUGUCUCAAUAAAGUAUUUAUUAGAUGGACGGCAGAUUCAACAUGUUGGACAUGAUUUGUUAUAUUGUGUUUCAGAUUCUGACAAAACACAUUUAUAAAAUUAUACAUUUCAACAACAAAACUUCAGACAUGCUUAGUUUUGGACUAAUGUGUUGUCUGAAUAAUGAACAGUCAAAACUAAGUAUACAUAAAAUUAAAUGAAUAUUUGAUUUUACAUGGAAGUAAAGAUCUGCUGUGUAAACGUGACAACAAAAGGUGCUUGAGGUCUGCUGAUGCUGCUGGGUUUUCUUUGUUCACCUGUUGUGAAAUAAAUGUUACUGUAAAUAUG